UAGACGUCAUCUCAGGGCGCCGGAAGGAAGGCGCACUUGGGCAGCUCUUCAAGCUGAGCUGGCUGAUCGCUCCGGAUCUUGUGUUGGCUUGUCAAGCACUUUUGGAUGUUUUGGUAGUAGAGGGAAGACACGUAUUUACGCCUCGCAGAGCUUUUUUCCUCUGAAUUACGUAACUGUCAAGACAACAUUUUGAAGAUCUCAACCGACGACAUGGAUUCCGCCAAUCAAGACAUCAAUCUGAACUCUCCACAUAAAGGCCUGGGCUCUGACUCUCUCUCAGACGUGCCUGAAGAGAGGGGGGCGGCCGCUGUGAGUCCUGAGACUCUCCCUCCCGGUCUGACAGAGGAGGAGGCUGAGGAACUGAGACUGGAGCUCAUCAAGGUUGAGGAGGAGAUCCACACCUUGCGGCAGGUGCUGUCGGCUAAAGAGCGCCACGCGUCGGAGCUGAAGCGUAAACUGGGCCUCAGCCCCCUGAGCGAGUUCAAACAGAACAUCACCAAAAGCUGGCAGGACGUCCAGACCUCAAACGCCUAUGUGGUGAUGUCAGAGAAGCUGGGCCAGUGGAAUGAGAAGGUUGCAGGGUGUGAUAUAUAUCUUUCAGCUUCUGCCACUCUGGAUGACAUUGCCAGCUCUGAAGUGUAUAAAAAGACUCAGGAAACACUGUCUCAGGCUGGACAGAAGACCUCAGCCGCCCUCUCCACCGUUGGCACGGCCAUCAGCAGGAAACUGGGCGACAUGAGAGCUCUUCCUUUCUCUAACUCCUUUGGUAGCAACUACUCCAUUCGCCAUUCAAUAAGUAUGCCAACUAUGAGGAAUUCUCCAACCUUCAAAUCAUUUGAGGACAAAGUUGGAAACAUCAAGUACAAAGUGGUUGGAGGCAAAGCCAAUGGUGAAAGUGCCCACUCUCCAAACGAGUCAAACCCGGUGCAGGACAACGCUCCUUUCUGAGAGCCCACCCUCUUGGUUGAAACACUCAUCUCAUUCUUUGUGAAUCCUGACUACACCCACACUUCCGUUCUCCCAGUUUUCCCGUUCUCUCUGAAUCCUUUCAUCCCUCCUUCCUCUGUCUCCUUUGAUACCCCUCCACCUACUGCUAGCAUGUGCUUGCUCAUCUCACUGAAAACACACACGUAGUACAGAUUCUGUGACAUGAAAUCAUCACAGGUUGUACAAAACAAGACAAAUGAUGAAUCAUUUUGUAUUAGAAACUAUUUUACACUGCUUUGCAUAAUGUUUUUACAUAACUUUUAUCUAUAUAUGACUAUAAAGGAAUACAAAUAACUAUAUUUAAACAGUACUGCCAAGCAGCAUUCAUCAGGCGGCAGAGGGGUACAAAAUACACAAAGAAAAAACAUUUCAAUCUGAAGGGGGGAGGAUUUUAGGCCAAUAGUGAAAAGAAACUUGCUGCAGGUUUCUAUGCUGCUGAGCAUUCAGUUGAGUUGUUUUUUACUCUCAGUACAAUGUGAAGCGAUGCUUUGCUGUACACCUGGUGAAUGUCUGACCUUCUCAGUCGGCCUUACACUCGCACUCUACAUUGCUUUAUUGGUCUGUUGCUGGUAAAAUGUUACACAAAUUUGUUUUUUGCUUUAUCUUUUCUUUUUUUUGUUACUUUUACUCUUUCUUGUUCAGUUAUUUCUUUUGUUGUUUUUCUCUUGUUGAUGGGAAUGUUUUAUUUAUGCCGUUGAUGUCGGAAAUUGCUUGCCUUUGCUUUGUGCCAUGCUGUGUGUGCCAGUUAGUAGAUGCCAUAGACCUUUUACUGUCUGAAUGUUACACACACACACACACACACAAACUAUCACAUCACAAAGAUCACUGUUCAAUUUUAAGAAAUAAAAAUGCAGUUACUUUCAUGUGCACUAAUCCAGUGGCGAGUAAGUCCUGCUAAGUCGAAUUUCUUUUGUUAGUGGCAUUUGUUGAUUUUUCCCAACAGACGUGAACACUAGUGUUGUCUGUAUGGUAGCACAGUCACUUUUUACCUGAAAGAUAUUGGAAUAUAUUUCAUUAUUAGCAAGUGUAAUCUCUUAUUUUUCUUCAUUUUUAUCUGUUCUAUUCUGAUAUUUCAUUCACUUAUAUGGGUGUCAGUGGGUGGCCUUGUUUGAGUAUAUUACACAAUGACGAUAACAUGCCUCGUUGGAUGAGAUGCAAAGGAUUACAUGAUUUUCUACUGGAAUCCACGUGUGAUGCCAUAGAAUUGUGUGGAUAUACCUGUAUUUCUGCAAACGGUGAAAAGAUUGUGAACAUUCAGAGGGAAAGGACUUCUUUUUUUAUUAUUUUGAGUAGUCAUUUUCGGGAGGUUGUUGUUUAGGGAACAGGCACCAUAUAGCUUUAAAUUAGAGAUCUCAGCCUAGCUAUUCAGAUUGAUUUCUUUUAGAACAACAGUGGUGUAAUGCUUCAUUUAUUUUUGUCAGUUGUUUGAAUAUCAAUAAAGCAUUCGUUCAAAUGGC